UAGAAUUCAAUGAGCUAUAACAAGAGCGCUAUUUCAGGUACCGCAUCAAGAUAGGCAGACAAAAAACCCUCCAAUGCACAAAUUAAUUAAGUUUCAACACAAGGUAUAUAAGCUUCACCAGCUAUUGGAAACAAAAAAGUAAAUAAUAAAUUUAUUUUAAGGGAGUACUAGAAUAAUAACAACCCUAAAAAGCUUAGGUAUAAGCUGGAGAAAAUUUUUAAUAGAUUGUUACACAAGAAGUAUUAGACAAGAUCUAAGUUGAAUUAAGCAAAAUCAAUAAAUUAGAAGAAUUAUACAAUUCAUUAAAAUAAGAGAAUUAAGAAAUAAAAUAAUACAUAAAAUUAUAAGAUCAGAGAAUACAAGAAUAAGAUAUGAAGAUUCAGGAUUAAUAAAUGAAAUUAAAAACUUAAGAAGAGAAAUUACAAAAUUAAGAGGAGAAAAUACAAAUUUAAGAAGAGAAAAUACAAAGCCAAGCAUAAAAUUAACAAUAUUCUGGAAUUUUAGAACAUAUUAAUACAUUUAUUUCCAACAAUAAACAUGCUCAUGAUAUUUGGAAAAAGGCAUAAGAGAAUAUAUAAAAAAAGUAAGAAUAUCUAGAAAAUGAGACUAAAUAAAUUGAAGGAAAAGUAUCAGAAUAUUUAAACAAUUUAACUUAAGCAGUGAAUGAGCAUUUCAACAAUAUCUCUAAAUAAGUAAAGGAUGAGCUUAAAAGCUAUUCAGAAUAAGUAGGUUAAACGCGAUAGUUGGCAAAUUAAAACCUAAACAACUUAUCUAUGCAUGAACAGACAUUAAAUUAAUUCUGUUAAAAAAUUCAGAAUUACUUUGGAAAUUAGGGUCCUCAGAUGUAAAAUUAGAUAGAUAAUAAAUAUUAAUCUUUCGACCAAAAAUAAUAUUAACCAGUGGAUUAAGAAUUUUAUUACUCAUAAUAUAAUUAAUAAUAAUAGGAUUAAUAGUAAUAUCAAUAAUAUUAAUAAUAAUUCUAACCAUCAAUUGAAUAAUAAUCAUAUUCACAGUAGACUAGCUUUAUCAACCCUCAAUAUUAAUAAUAAAAUAACUAUAGUGCGCCUUCAUAAAAUGAUUAGAAUGCUCCAACUCAACUGACAUAAAAUCAUUAGGAACAACCAAGCAAUACACAAGGAAAAUCAAAAAUUAGAUUGAUAUCUUAAACUUCGCCACCAUAAUGAUUCAAUAUUUUUUAAGAUACCAU